AUGAGCUGGUGGUGGCAGAAGAAGCUCGAUGAAGAUGAGCCGCCGCGAAGCUACCAGAGCGUGGCCCUAGUGGUUGGCGUCACCGGAAUCGUGGGCAACAGCUUGGUCGAGAUCCUCCCGCUCGCCGACACUCCCGUUGGGCCAUGGAACGUCUACGACGUAGCUCGCCAUCCUCGCCCCAAUUGGAACUCCGACCACCCAAUCGAGUACAUCCACGUCGAUUCGAAGCUCUCCCCACUCCCCGACGUCAUCCACGUCUUCUACGUCACGUGGGCCGACCGCCCCACCGAGUCAGAGAACUGCAAGAUCAAUGGCAAGAUGUUGAGGAACCUCCUCGCCGUUGUCGUUCCCAACGUGCCGAAUCUCCAGCAUAUUUGCCUUCAGAUCGGCCCAAGCUUCCACGUUCGUCAUCAAGCAAUGCACAGUGCUCGAAUCCCUCCGGCGUCAAUCUUUGCCCUGACGGCGGUCGGAUGA